UCGUUUCAAAUUUCAUCCCUAGUUUGUUUUUGAAAAUAAUUCUGCGAAUCGAGUAUGAAAAAUGAUUGAAAUACUCUUCUUUUAUUGUAUCUUGGUUGGAGCUGAUAGUCUUGCUACCAAUGUUCUAAAUAAUUAAAACAAACAAAAUUGAAAAUAUAUUUUUUAACUUUUUAAAGUGAUGAAAUGUUUGGAUGAAAAUAUAAAUUAAGAUUUAUUUUACAUGGUCUGAACUCGCACUUUUUUAGAAUUUUUUCAAACAAGCUUAACAAAAUGUUUAAUUUAAAUGGUAAAAGGAUAACAUUCAAAAGAAAGCGACCAAAUCCGUUAUUCGAGGAUUUUUUAGAAAAAUUAUAUGCAGAAGCGAAGGCAAAAAGGAGUAAACACGAGCAAGUCUUGAAAGAAGCGCUUGAAUCUCUUACUAAAUAUCCUUUACCUUUGAAAUCUGGCGCUGAAUGUGCAAUUCUUAAAGGUUUUAAUAAGAAACUAUGUGUUUUUCUUGAUACAUGUAUGUCUAAUCGUAAUGUUAAAAAAAGCCAUAUACAUUUAAGUUUAUCAGCAGACGAUAUCGAAGUGGCGAGCAGCUCUAAUAAUCAAGUGUUGAAUAUGGUACCAGAACCUGUACGACGAGAAGCACAUACAUCUCCAAACAAAAUGUACAAACCUGGCUUUAAAACUGGAGGCUAUGCAAUUUUACUUGGGUUAUUGGAACAUUCUAAAAAGUCAACUUCAUCAAUAAGUAAAGAUGAAUUAAUAAUAAUUGCGCAGAAAUAUUGUGAAGAUAUUGUACAAAGAACAGGUAGAUAUUCUCCCUGGUCCAAUAUGGGUAGGCUAGUUGAAAAAGGUUUGGUAUGUCGAAAUAGAAGCAAAAAGACUUUAUAUAGCUUAACUGAACAAGGCCUUAAACUAGCCAAUGAGUUAUGGAAAGAAAACAUAAAUCAACCUCUAGUUAAUGAUAUUAUUUUUAAUGAUAUAGAUAAUGUUUUGAAUAGAGAAACAGAAAUAAUUGUUAAUAGUGAAGUACCACAGAGUAUUGCUAAAGGAUGUGAGACAAAUGCUGUGUCUGUACUAAAUAAUGAAUUAAUAGAUAUGCCACCUGGAUCAUAUGAUGUUGUCUUAUUAAUAGAUAAAAAUGAAAACAGUGGGAGCUCAAGAAAGCCUGACCCUUUCUUAGUCUAUCCAGGAUUAAAAUAUGAAUCAAGAAGUUUAAAAGUUGGUGACUUUACCUGGAUAGCAAAACACAAAACAAGAGAUUGGGAGCUUGUUUUACCGUACAUAGCCGAGAGGAAAAGGAUGGAUGAUUUGGCAGCAAGUAUAAAGGAUGGAAGAUUUCAUGAGCAAAAAUUUAGACUGAGAAAAUGUGGGUUGAGUAAUGUUAUUUAUUUAGUUGAGUCAUAUGAUAAGAAUAAGCAUGUUGGUUUGCCUAUGCCAUCAUUGUUGCAGGCUCUAGCUAACACAAGGAUACAGGAUGGCUUUAAAGUUUUCAUGACUGACUCUCUUGGAAAAUCAGUACGGUUUUUAGCUAUGAUGACGAAAAGGAUUGAAGUUGAAUGUAAGGGGAAAACCUUGAAGGGCGUUGGCGAGGAACCAAUUGACGAUUUACUUAUGACCUUUGAUUAUUUCAACAAAGCUUCAUUGAAAACCAAAGUGCUCAGUGUGACUGAUAUGUUCAUAAAAAUGUUACUACAGCUGAAAGGCAUGUCGGUCGAGAAAGCAUUAGCCAUUACCAGUAUUUACAAAACUCCGAAAGCACUUUUUGCCGUUUAUGAUUGUUGUAAUGACAAAGAAGGUGGACUUCUUCUUGCCAAUCUUAAAUAUGGAUGCUUGAAACGUAAUCUUGGCCCCAGUGUUAGCAAAUCAGUGUAUCAAUUAUUCACAUUAAUGAAUGUAGAUUGACGUAGUUAAUUUUUAUGUAUAUGAAUCAUGGAAUUAUAUAAAUAUUAAAUGUAUUUGUACAGACUA